CUGUCUCCCGCAGCCCUCAUCCCGCUCGUGCUCUCUCCCGCAGCCGCCUCUCCCGCAGCCCUAUCGCAUAUGCCGCCGUCUCUCCUGCAGCAGCCAUUCACGAGCAGGACGACGCAGCCCAAGUCAGGAGGUGAAGAUGGUGUAGACGACGCAGGAGCAGGCGGAGGGCAGCCGUGCGCGGCUUCGUCGGUGGCUGGCCGAGUUUGGACACUGGCUGGAGAUCCAAUUAACUGAUCCAAUUAACAGCUGCUCCAAUUGCAGCUGCGAAAUUCAAUCCCUGGAAGGUUCUGCUGCUGUUGGCUGCACUCCAGAAUUUGAUUCCCCUCUCUAGCCUAACCAGUACGUGCAAGGUGCUAAUCAAAAUGUCCGUGGAAUCUUCAUCAAGUGGUGACAACGAAGCGGGGGGAGAAGCUGUUUCUGAGGAAGUAGAAUCACCUAUUGAUGACGAGCAGCAGCAGACUGUGCCUGUGCCUGGUCCAAUGCGUCGAGCUCGAAAACCAAGGACACCAUCUAAGUGGCCGACUGACAAGAUUGCUGUCACCGAGAUUAGUCCAGAUGAGAUGCCAACCGAGGUGAAAGCUAAACGAAGAUUGCGGUUGCUUGCUGGUUUGAUUGCUAGGCAGAAGCUAUCGUUAGUUAUGCCAUCAUUCAAUGACCUUACUGAUAAGGACAAAUGGAACUUGUUUGAGAAAUAUGUCAUGGACUAUUUGGUGUUCCCAGAUGCAAUGAAGCCUAUGGGGUUUAGUGCUGCAAUGAAGAUGAUAUCUAAGAGUUGGAGAAACCACAAAAAUAGGCUAGUAACCAAUUUUGUCGAUAAAGACCUCUGUCCCUUAAAGCAGUAUCCGUACAUUGAACGUGAAGAUUGGGAGGAAUUUGUGGCAUUGAAGCAGUCUGCAGCAGCAGUAGCGGCAAGUGAAAGAUACAAAGUGAUUCGACAAAAGAAUGUGCACAACCAUUGUCUGGGCACUGCAGGGUAUGAGGGAAAAUUGAAACAGUGGGAGGCAGAGGAUGCAGAUUUAUCCAGUAAAGGCAUCUCUAACCCAUGGGAUGAAUACCCUGAAGGCCGCCAUAAGUGUUGGCUGCGAGCAAGGAGUAAGCUUGUUGUGUCAAAAGAUAAAGCUGAUAUCAUCUGGUCACAGGAAGCAACAGAAAAAAUCUCUGAACAGAUUAAAGAGAAGCAAUCAGCCGCAGAAUCCUCGGGCAUCACUUGGGUCAUGGAGAAGGAUGUGCUAACUGCAUGUUUGGGUCCUGAACAGCCAGGUCGUGUGCGCGGUGUUUCAAGUUACACUAGCUGGAAGCAUGCAUGGCCUGAAUGUUCUAGCAUGUACAGAAAGAGAAAGAGGACUGAUGUGGAUGUGGAAGCGAUAGCAGCUCAAGUUAGAGAAGAUGUUAUAGCUCAAGUGAGAGAAGAUGUUACAGCUCAAGUCACAAAAGAAGUGACAACCAAGGUUACCAAAGAGGUUAGCGCCAAGGUCACACAGGAUAUCAUGGCCUAUCUUGCAGAUCAAGGGUUUCAGGUAAAACCACCACCUUCUAGGACCCCUAGCCCUGCUUGCGGACGGAGGAGCAGUUGUUGCUCAGCCACCAAUGAAUUGGACUUGGAGAACAUUUCAAUUGAUCCGGAUACCAUUGAUCUUCUUCAAGAGCCAACCCAGUGUUCCCUUAUAGCGAACCUUAGAGGCUAUCAAGCUGUGGUUGCAGAGGGUCGGGUGUUCCCAAUGGAAACUGAAUUGCAGUCAGUCCAAAUAGACCACGAGCAUGCAGUAGUCCAAGUGGAAUAUGUACAUCCAGGUUAUGAGAAUCAUGUGCUGCAGCCACCCCCAGAUGUUGAUACAAAUACACUUGGAGAAGCUCUACUAAAGAGAAUACAGUGGAGGAGGCUGCACAUUAUAGUCAACAGUACACAGCCAUCCCUAUCUCAGCCAAAUGAGAUCACAAAGAGUUCCAAGAGUGCUUCAAAGGGCACUAGUGCUAUUAUUUCUACAAAGCUACUUGCGGGGGCCAAGUCAACUUCAAAUCAUCAAUCUCCUGCCACAUCUGAUGCAACAAAUAGUGUGCCAAAGGACCCUAAUGCUGCCAAUCCUACAAAAAAUCCAAAGAGCUCAGAGAUGGGGGGUGUUGCCAACACUAUGCUGCCCACACACCCAAAAGUGGGUAUUGGAUCUCUUGGAGGGAGUGGAAAGCCGCCCAUGCAACAUAAAGGGGCUAGUAAGGCUGCUGGAGAGAGUGUAAAUCCACCCAUACCGCAAAAAGUGUCUAUUAAGGCUGCUGGAGCGAGUACAAAACCACAACAGCAGUGGUGUAGUCCUGGUUCCACCCAUACCGCAAAAAGUGUCUAUUAAGGCUGCUGGUUGUCGGUCUUACCCAAUGUUCCAGAACCACAUUAUGGCAGAGAUGUUGUCGCUCAUUGAAGUAGUGUCUUGCCUCAGUCCUUGUACUGCAGUGGUGUAGUCCUGGUUCCACUUUUGUUGCUGUUCCAGGAGUCGUCCAUGCUCUGCUUGCAUAUUCUGGAUGCCGAGGAUGGUGUUGUCGGUACGGGUGAAG